AUGAAGAAGCUGACCCGGUUCUGGAAGGACAAGGAGAAGGCGGACGGAGGGCACGCCGCCGCGCCGCCCGGCUUCACCGACAUCCAGCGGGCGGGCUCGCAGGAGCCGCGGCUGACGUACGUCAAGCACGACGUGGGCCGACGCAGCGAUCGAUUCAGCAUGCGGCGCCGCCGGCUGCCGCGCGCCUCCAGCUGCGAGACUCUGUACCGGGCGCCCGGCUCGCCGCCGCCGGAGCAGCGGCCGCCAACAGCGGCCGACGCACUCACUAAGCUCGCGUCCGUCUCAGCGGAGAACCUGGCGAUCCCGCCGCCGGACGGAGUCGCGCCCGUCGUCCGAGGCAACGAGGCCAGGAGUCGCGGCAGCGUGCUGCGGCUGAUGGCCGGCGCCGGCGGUGACGACCUGUUCCCCGGGACUGACGACGCCGCCGCGAUGACCGCGGCUGCGGACUCGCCGCGCAGUCCGGACCUGCCGGCCGGCGAGGCGGAGAACGAGCACGCUCUCCGCCGUAGCGCCGGCAUCGACGACCGGUCCCCGGCGCCGACGCGAGACACGAGCGCACUGCCGGGGCCGGGGUACGGCCCGGCGCCGCCGUACCGCGAGCGAGACCCGCUGGCCGGGCCGCCGCCGCCGUACCAGCCGCCCACCGUACCUCACCGGCCCGAGCGCGACCACCAGCUGAAGUGGCCGCUGGGCGAGCCCGACCUGACGGAGCCGGAGCCGAGGGAGCCGCGGGAGCUGCGGGAACCGCGGGAGCCGCGGGAUCCGCCGGAGCCGCACACCCAGCGGCACACAGGGCAGGUGCGCGGCAGUCCUAGCCUGCCCAGCCAGGCGGGAGUCGGUGGCGACGAGCCGCCCUACCGGCGACUGGGACAGCGGGAGGCCGACGAGCCGCGCCCGGCCGCCGCCAGAGUGAUCCUGUCGUGA